AUGUACCCCGGGGAUUUGGAUUCAAUUGAGUUAGAAGACAUACUCAUCUCUGACGACACAUUCCUAAGCUAUUUUAAUGCCUACUUGGCUCUACCAAUAUUCUCCCGGAAAGUGUACUACAAUCGCUUAGCCGGAGUUUUCACUGUUUUAAACGACGAGCUGAAGCCGUUGGAUGAUAAAUCGAUCCCAUCUUACGGCGCAACUGAUGAGGAGCGGAUGAGCAUGCUCAAUUGGGCGCUUCAUGAGCGUUUUCGAUUCUUUAAAAAAAGUGUGUUUUACAGGGAAUACACAUUGUGCAAGCUCUUGUCUCGUCCCAAUGUACAUCCUCCACCACGCGAACAGCUUUCCGAAUUAUUCGCUACUGGACUGUUUAAGUCGAACAACACCAGUGUAGCCCGAGGACUGACGGGUGUAAGCCGCCACUCAAACUCUUCCGAAGAUGAUCGGUUCCUUGAGACGGAGAACGAAUACUUUGGUGCUAAUGGUGAAGUUGAAGACAACGAUAGUCGCAGUAACGGCAGAAGCGAGGAAAAUGAGAAUUCCGACCUGGUUUCAUAUGACAAGUUUUCACAGAACGUUACCAGGAAAUGUAAUGCGAUGUCAGACUCUUCUUCGUCCGUCGAGGGCAUGGAAAAUCCCUCACAGGAACUUAUAUCGGAGCAAGAAGCUAUUUCAGGAACCGAAAUUCUGGGCGGACCAUCCAAGCGCAGCUUGGACUACGCAAAAUAUUUUAUGAUAAAACGGCAGUCUACUCCUUGGACCGCGGUGCAUCUAUCCGAAUCUAACGAGUAUGACAACAACAACAACAAUGUUGAACGUCAUAUGGCGGAACAGUCAACUGGCAGUUCUGCUAAACACAAAUCCCGAACCAAUUUGAAUAGCAGAAGAAAGUCAGAACCUGCCAGACAAGAUGAAUGGUCAUCCUAUACGAGUAACUCGAAGCGCUCAGUGGGUUCGGAUGCGUUAUCCUUCUUGAGUCUGGAUGCGAGGAGCGAAGGCUUAUGGCUGUCUCUGGAUGGACUACUUGACAACUCCGGACAAUCUUCUUUAUUCUCCAACUGUUGGCAGAAUGAAACGGAGGACGAUCUAAUGAUAAGGUUGCAACAGCUACAAGAAAGACAAAACAUCCCGCUUCAACGGUUGAAAGAACUAUUACUUUCAAGUCGAGAAGGAAUGGCGGACUUUAUUUGUUUCCUUCUUAACACAAGCGGCAUAAGGCUGCUGGAUUUCUGGCUCGAUUGUGAAGCUAUAAACACCUGUGUUGAAAAUCGUGAGGCAACUGAACAAGCGAAAUGCAAAUUUUCCCUUAUGAGGUGA